AUGGCUAUUCUCGAUUCCCUGCCCGGAAUUAAGGGUGUGGUAUGUAUUGAUGGCGAGCCAUUGAAAGAAUACGAGAGCACCGAAGAUGAGGUGAUGUUGAAUGAACCAGAAGGACUCGGCAAGAAGUUUGACGUCGCCAGACAUCAGUGUUCUGUGACUGUCAAAAAGUUUAUCGAAUCUACGGCCGGCAAGUGCUUUACCAUUAAAUGCUCCGUCAAAACCCCAUAUAGAUAUGCAGGCGCUUGUACGCACAUUUCAUUUUGCUCUUCUAUCGAUGGCGAGAACCUGUCUUGGGCCCCUCUUUUCAACAAAGAAACAUAUGAAAAGAACAGUUUUAGCUUGACUCGAGAAGUCGAGGGAAAUUUCUAUAAGGAGGAAGGAAAACUACUACUACAGAGAUUACAAAUCACAGAGACGCACUUGACUCAGUGGGAUAACUCGAUCGAAGCAGCCACUCGGCUUGACGGAAACGGACGUUAUGUGGGUGACAUUGAAGUGAGAAUCUUUAGAGAAAUGUACCCAUCAAAGGCCAGUCUUGUCAGCACAGCUCCAUUGGUCAGUAAAACCAAGACUCCAGAGAAUUUGUUGAAGGGUCAAGCAAAGUCGCAUAGCACAUUAUUCAGUCAGGGAGAAGCUGAAAAAGAAGGCAAAUAUGUGAGAAUGAAAUGCUGCGAUGGCGGAAGAGAGUAUCCUAUUGCAAUUUUCAAUUUUCAAUAUGGCUCGAAAGGAGAUCUUGAAGCAUUAGGUGUUGUUGAAAGAACGCCGGAGCCAGAGUCAUCGUUUAGUUUUGGUCACAAUUCUGAGCCCCUACCUAUGCCGAUGAGUGAAGCUCGAGCUUCAGAGAAGUUGUUCCGGGGUACGAUGAAAGAAGCGAAGGCAGAGGCAGAGCUAUCAAACAACAAUUUUCGUGGCGGAUCUACUUUCAACCCACUGCCAAACACUUUCAACCCUACAUCAAUCAAGAGAGAAAUCCAGGACGCUGAACCUAGAGGCGGGCAGCUCUCACAAGCACCUCCGCCACUCCCAGUAGGAACCACGACUGCAGCUCUUCCCGGUCUAUCAACAUCCACCAGUAGCAGCGAAAUCAUCACUACAGCUACUCCAAAGCCACCAGUUAAGCGCGAGAAAGGAGGAAAUGGCAACGAGAGUCGCAAGAGGCGUCGUAAGGUCAGGGGACAAGUUACUAUUGACCUCACAGAGUACGAAUCUGAUGAUGACGUUGUUAUUAAUCUUGAUUCGGACUGA